GCCGCCGUUCCAAGCAUGGCCGGAGAGGAGUCUGUCGUCGAAGAGGAAAAUGCCGCCGCCUCCGAUCGGCGCAAGCUCAAAGAGCCCGGAGCUACUCGUCGCCAACCGCCUUCGGCGCUCCUGAGAAAAGCCUUCAUUUGCUCCUUCCCUGACUGCGACGCCAUUUACAACAGGGCCUGGAAGCUGGACGCGCACCUGUGCCGGCACACGGGAGAGCUGCCUUUCGUUUGCGAUUAUGAAGGCUGUGGUAAAGGCUUCACUAGACACUUCCAUCUUAAGCGCCAUUUUCUUACGCACACUGGAGAAAAGCAAUUUGUGUGCAUGGUGGAGGGCUGCAAUGAGAGAUUUACAACAAAAUCAAACUUGAACAAACACCAUGGCCGCAAACAUUUACAGCAUUGUAAGGAAUACAUAUGUGACUUUGAAGGAUGUGGGAAAUCCUUUAAAAAACACCAGCAGUUGAAAAUUCAUCAGUCUGAACACACUGGUGAACCGCCGUUCAAAUGCAGCCACGAAGGAUGUGAAAUGCGCUUUUCCAUGCGUGCCCAUCUGAAGCGUCAUGAGAAGAUUCACGAAGGUUAUGCAUGCAAAAAGGAUGGCUGUUCAUUUGUUGGGAAAACCUGGUCAGAGCUUCUGAAACAUAUGAGACAAAGUCAUGUCGAACCGAUAACCUGCAGCGUGUGCGGCAAAAUAUUCCGCCGCAAAGAUUACCUCAAGUGCCACCAGAAGAUCCACGCUGCCGAGAGAGAGGUGCUUAAAUGCCCAAGGGAGGGCUGUGGCAGAACGUACACAACCCUGUUCAAUCUUCAAAGCCACAUUGUCUCAUUUCAUGAGGCAAGAUCGUUCACUUGUGACCACCCUGGCUGUGGGAGAGUCUUUGCCAUGAAACAAAGUCUUGUAAGGCAUGGUGUUGUACAUGACCCUGACAGGAGAAAGUUGAAUUCAAAACCACGUCCUAAGCGGAGUUUGGCCUCACGCCUGAGUGGAUUCAUCCCACCUAAAGCAUGUCAAAGAAAUGUUUCCUCUGUAGAUGAGACUCUGAUCACACCUCAAGCGAGCGCCACGUUGCCUACUGUGGAAACACUGUCCCUUGGCUAGAGUAUCAGAUGAACAGACGAUAUAUUCAUGCAUAUGAAGCUGAAAAUGGCUUUAUGAAGUAGCCGUUACUGGCAAGUCUAUGGGGUUUGUAAAGAAAACUGGAGAGACAGUCAAUUUUUUUUAUAUAAAAAAAUUUAAAUCACUACUUGAGGGUUUCUGAUUCAGUGCUGUCCUUUCUCUUCUCCUUCUCAUCUCCUUUGUUCUUCUCUAUUCUUUUGUAUUCCUGGAUUUCUUUGUUCGACAUAUGCCUCAAUACACACGUGCUCCUUCCUUCUUUGACAGUGCGGGGCUCAGAGAGGUAAGUCGCUUUCCCUGGCAUCGUAUCCAAAAUCUGACCAAAGAAUGCCAGCUGAAAAGGAAAAGAUGUACGGGCAUUAUGAAUGUAUUACAUGAGCCUUU